AUGGACAGUUGUGAGUCCUCUUUCUUGAAGGAGCCUGGCUCCGACGACAAAGACCAUCGCCCCAACCACCCGCGCCGCACCAGCCGUCCUCGAAAUCAUCCUCCUCACCCUCAUUCCUCAUCAUCAAUCCAAUCAGAACCGGACUCCGGUUCGCAAAGCAAGAAUGGACGAAGCGAUCACCCGAGAAGAGACCACUCACCCUCUCCGUCACAAUCACAUGGCGUCACCAUCGACACUCUCCCUCGCGAGAUCGUCAUCCACAUCCUCUCGAGACUCCCCGCGCCGUCUCUGUUCCGAGCACAGUUCGUCUGCCGGUCGUGGCGAGUCCUGGUGCAAGACCCGCUCCUCCUCCAGCUCCACCGACCUGGCGCGGCGUCCUCCCACGACCCCACCGUCAUCUUCCACUCCGACCACCCCCUCCGGAGCCAGCUCUACUUCGUUGACGACAUCUCCGAAGGCGACGGAAGGCAUCGCCUGGUGAGGAAAUUCCACCCUCCCUACAGCAUCGUCACGCCGGAGUUCGACGUCGUCGGGUCGAGCGAGGGGUUGCUCUGCUUGGCGAAUGCUAUGUACAGCGACGACGUCUACGUGUACAAUCCUCUCGCGGGGGAAUACAGGGAGCUUCUGGACUUGGAGGCUCGCCAGAGGAGCAAAGAGAUGGUGUUGGGGUUCGGUUUCGACGAGACCGAGAAGGAUUACAAGGCGAUCAAGAUCGUGCAUAGGAUCACGGAUCGCUUCCUCCCCCCCGCGGCGGCCAGUCCACUUCAGGCUCAUAUUUAA